AUGAAAAAAGGCAUUUCCGUUAUGGAGAUAUCUCUGGACACGGUGCUUAAGCUCACUGAGCUGGAACAAAGCGAGUUCAUCGACCUGUGCAUACUCCUGGGCUGCGAUUACUGCAAGAGACCGAAGGGCAUGGGGCCUAAAAAGGCGUACGAGAUUGUCCAGCAGUUUAAGUCGAUAGAAAAAGCGCUGGAAAGUGGGAAAAUAGAAGAACCGCACGAGAACUGGCCGUACAAAGAAGCAAGAGAGAUCUUCACAGGGCAAGAAGCCAGCAAAAGAAAGACUUUUGCUCUGUCUCCACCAAAUAACGAAGAAAUAGUAAGAUUCCUGGUGGAGGAGAACGGAUUCGACAUAAAAAAAGUAGAAAACGGAAUAGUAAGGCUAGAAGCACAGAGCAAAACAAAGAAACAGGCGAGCAUGCUCUCAUUUGCUAAAAAGGUGUAG